GGGGAAAGGUGAAUUAUUAGAGUCGUUUUGACUCUUCUGUAUUUUCUCUUGUUGGAUUCCCGUUCUCUUUUUAUUGCAAAAUCUUUCCUUAGGAUCUCAAAAUAUUAAAUGAGAAAAUAAUUGAUUAGUUUAGAUGACGUUUAUUGUUACCCAAGUUGCAAAAAGGUCUAAAACACACCAUUAAAAAUAUUGAAGUGCAAACACGUUACAUUAACAUGUUUGUUUGAUAUUUAUUUUCUUUUUAUGUUGUUAUUUGUUAUUUAUAGCAAUUUCUCUGUAAUUGAAGAAUAAAAGGAAUUGUUAAAAAUUCAAGGUAAAACGUUUAAAUAGUGGAUGACUUUGCAAACAUCGAAAAUAAUCGGCCAGUUGUUGUUUAAUAUUGAUGCAAAUCAGUCAUAAUUUUUAAAAGAUUCAAUAUGAUAGGGAAAGAAUCACAAAGUUUUAAAGAUUUUUUCAUCAAUCUUUUCAACGUAAUAAUUCAAAACAAUCCUUUUGAAUUAUUAGAAAAACCAAAAUCCACCAUUGGAAUCAAAAAUUAUCCAAACCUAAGAGAUCAUCCGUUACAUUCACCAGAAAUUUGGUUAGAAGGGAAACGAAAGGAUGAUAAUUUAAGUGGAUUGUGGAGAAUUCAUAAUAAAUUAUACGAUUUUAACGAUUUUAUUAAAAUCCAUCCCGGGGGAAAAGAUUGGUUGGAAUUAACAGAGGGUACCGAUAUAACCGAAGCGUUUGAAUCAAACCAUAUUUCAACACUACCAGAAGCGUUUUUACCAAAAUAUUUCAUUAAAACUAUAAACACCCCAAGAAAUUCGCCAUUUACUUUCGAAAAAAAUGAUUUAUAUCAAACGUUGAAGAAAAACGUGAGAAAUGAAAUUAAUAAAUCGUCGGAAUUAAUAAAAUCGUUACAAAAUAAAACGAAAUUAAUCACCGAUGGGCUAUUAUUAAUGUUUAUAUUAACCACGAGUGGGUGUUUAUUGAAAGAAAGUUAUCUUUUGGGCGCUAUCUCCGGGUUAGUUUUAACCUUAACUUCAAUUGCAGCACAUAAUUUUUUUCACCAAAAAGAUAAUUUUAGGAGGUUUUAUUUUGAUUUAACAACGAUGUCUUCAAGAUCUUGGCGAAUAAGCCACGCUUUAAGCCACCAUUUGUACACAAACACCGUUUACGAUUUUGAAAUAUCAGCGUUAGAACCAUUUUUUCAAUACUUAACAAUGAAAAAGAACAUCACCGUAAGAUAUUUAUCCUGGAUUUACACCCCAAUCGUUUAUGGAUUAUUAUAUUUGGGUUAUUUUAUAAGGAUGUGUAUCCAAAAUGUUUUAGAUAAAAAACUUUUUAACACAGAAAGUUAUCUCCCAUUUAUUUUAUGGACAUUUCUUUCGAUUAUAACAAAUCAAUCGAUAUUUGUUUCAAUAAAAAUGUUUGUUUGGGUCUACUUAGUCAGCAGUUUUUUUGUAGGGGUUAUUGGUUUAAACGCUGGGCAUCAUCACCCGGAUGUAUUUCACGAUGGGGAUUAUUUCGAGUCUAAAUCAGGGAUUGAUUGGGGUUUAUAUCAAAUUUUAGCCGCCAUGGAUAGAACUGAAACGCAUAAAUCUCAUUUUUGGGGUUUAAUUACGUUUGGCGAUCACAUAAUGCACCAUUUAUUCCCAUCGUUAGACCACGGAGCUUUAAUGUUUUUAUACCCCACCGUUGAAGACACUUUAAAACAGUUUGGGAUUAAAUUACGAACGAAUUCAACGUUUCAAGUUGCUAAAGGACAAUUUUUACAACUAUCUAAAGUUAGCGUACAAAUUUAAAUAAUUUAAAA